GAGAGCCAAUCGGGUAGCUCCUUUGGCUGUGUUUUGAAUCGGAGGCAAUUUUAACCGUCGGGCGCCGAGGAAUCUGGGAGAAAGCGGUGUAAAGACGUCCAUCCAAAUAAAUAAGUGAACUUACGCGCAUUUUGACGUCGAAAAGCAGCAGAUGAGGAUGAAUUUGGAUUCUAUGAAGUAUGCGGAGCUGCGAAGCAUCGCGAAGGAGCUGGGGCUGAAGGCAAACAUGAAGGCCGAUAAGCUCCUGAAAGCCAUUAAGCAGCACUAUGAAAAAGAAAAGAAAAAUGACGAGGUCCGAGUAGAUGAAAAUGCAGCUUCAGACAGCGGCCAGGAGAGUAAAGAUGAUGCUUCCCAACAAGAGGCCUCCAGUCCGGCUGUGUUUGUGAACACACGUCGGGGGAGAGGAAAAUGCACCAAGAGAAGGAUCACUGACGCUGCUGAGGCUGGUGACCCAGCUGAAUCUUACAGCAGUUCAGGGGAGAAGAAAAAGAAAAGGAAGGUGACCCUGGACCUAGAUUCUGAGAUGAAUGAAUCGGAGCCCCAGCUGCAGCCGGACUCCGAGGUUAAAGCUCCUGUGCUAGCUGAAACAGAAAAGGCACCAAAGGUGGCAAAAGGCGGCAAGAUCCCUCGUUACCAAGGUCUCCAGCAGAAGAGCAAGACUUUGUUGAAGCCCACAACUCCUAACUUUAAAAAGCUCCAUGAGGCCCAGUUCAACAAGAUGGAGUCCAUUGACUGCUACGUUCAGCGGAAGACGAAGCAGAUUGAGACGUACAAAAAUCCAGCCAAAGACCUGAAGAAGAAUUCAGCUCGUGUCACCAUGUUCAGCCCGGCCCCCAGCAACAAGACGCCGGCCGAGGAAAAGCGUCGCCACACUUUGCUCUCGGCCAGCAAAAUCCCUUCAAAAAAACCCGCACAAAAAGAAGACGGUCCGUUCAGACCCUCUGUCCUUUCCGCCCGCAGGGUCAAUGUCCGAUUCUCGGAGGCCACGCUCGAUAACGAGUUCAAGAGGUCCCUGGUGAAGACGCCAGCACGGAUGUCGCCAUGCGUCGCCUCCAGUACCCCACGAAAACCGACUGCAGAUGCAGGAAAGCCGGCCGUCGCCAAGUCUUCAGCUUCAUCUGCCCAGAAAACUCCAGGACCCUUCAUUUUCACCGGUAACACGAGUGCUUUGGGAACGCCUGGAACCCAAAAGAAACCUGCCUUCGACCUGAAGGCGAGUCUGUCGCGUCCCCUCACCUACAAGCCCCAUAAAGGUAAACUGAAACCUUUCGGAGAUGCCGUGGAAAACGCAGCGGGAAACAAGUCUGCGAUUGCCAAUCCUCGCAAAGACGGUUACAAACAGCCCAAAAUCCAGUCGAGGGAGGACCGGCGAACCAAACAAGUGGAAAGCCGGAAGCAGAAAAAAGAAAACCUGCUCGGCGCGAGGAGAGGGCUGGUGAUGAUGUAGACGGGGUUAUUCUUCAAAAUGACGGCCGUUGGGAAAGCGUGACGAAUUUUAGUGUAAAUAUUUUGAUGUCGUAGAAAAGCUCAAGUGUUUUCCUCCAACCCGCUUUAUUUGUGGAGAUAUUUGCUUUAAAGCUUUAUUUCUGUUAAUGCCGCAAUUUUCUCUAUCAAGUAGAAACUCUUGUUUAUGUAAAUUUUUAACAACAGUUUUAUAUGCUUUAUUUUUUGCAUUCUUCUGAGGGGAAAACAUUUAAUGGCCUAGAAGAAAAACAUCAAAAAGAUGCUUGACAUGUAAACCCUGUUCUUAAUUGUGAUGUUUUAUUAUUGAAUUUUGUAAUAAAAUUCCA